GCCCCGACGUCGAGCAUGGAUGUAAGUGGUGGAGGUGCCGGAUAAACCUGCCGGAUGUCACUGCCGGAGAUGGCCGGCCCUCUGCCAUCCGGAAAGAUAACCGACGAGCGGUGGGCACACCUCCAAGCAGCGCCGCCAAACGAUGUCGACUUUCUCCACUCAUCAUGUCCAAGCCCCGCGCGUACCUCGUGACAGGAGCGAGCAACGGCAUCGGCGCGGCGAUCGCCUCUCUCCUCCUCGCGCAGGGUCACACCGUCCUCAAUGUCGACCUGAAGGCGCCAGCCUCGACGCCCAAGGGCAUGGUCGUCUUCGAGGCGGACCUCACGAACGAGCAGCAGACCAAGGACAUUGCGGCGCGCCUCGCGUCCCAGUACGCGAUCGUGGGGCUUGUGAACAACGCCGGCGCGACGCGCCCCGGCACCGCUGAGACCGCGACGCUCGAGUCGCUCGACUUCGUCUGCAACCUCCACCUCAAGGCGAGCCUGAUCUUUAUUCAGGCCGCCCUACCGGCCAUGAAGGAAGCGGGCUUUGGGCGGAUUGUCAUGCUCGCGUCCCGCGCCGCGCUCGGCAAGCCCAACCGCGUCGUCUACAGCGCCACCAAGGCCGGUAUGAUCGGUAUGGCGCGCACGCUGGCUAUGGAGCUCGGCGUGCACGGCAUCACCGUCAACUCGAUCGCCCCAGGACCCAUCGCGACCGAGCUCUUCAUGAGCUCGAAUCCGCCUGACGCGCCCGCCACGAAGGCUAUCAUCAACAGUACCGUGUGCAAGCGCCUCGGAACGCCUGAGGACGUUGCGCGCGCCGCCGGCUUCUUCCUCGACGCAGAAAACGGAUUCGUUACGGGUCAGGUCAUGUACGUGUGCGGCGGGACGACGUUGGGAGUUGCGCCGACGUAGUGGGUGGACGACUUAGAGGGGGACGACGGCCAGGCGGACGGGUAUUG